AUGAACAAUCUACAACAACAAGCUUCUGAUCCUGAUUAUUCCGUUUGGGUGUCGGCUUCUGCCGGAAAUGAUUAUGAUUUAGAAAUAGAGCCGAAAGAGUUAUUUUUUACCAAAGACGGAAAAAAACGUAAAAGCCUUUUAUCGAAAGAGCUAACCCAAAAAUAUCCUAAAUUACUGUUAGAGUUAGAGAAGCUAACAUCUCAGAUUUAUAAAUUAGAUGAAGAAUAUCGCAUAGAAGAGCUAGAAUAUCAUACUAAUUUACUUUGUAAACUUGCUUAUAUUUUGCUAGAGAAAUAUGAGAAAUUUAAAGAAGAAAAUAACUUGCUUGAUUAUGAUGAUUUAAUUUAUUAUACCGAAAAAUUAUUUGAGAAUAAAGCUAUACAUGAGUGGUUAUCGCAUAAGCUUGAAAGUGAGAUUAAUCACAUACUUGUCGACGAGGCACAAGAUAAGAGCCGUAAUCAGUGGAACAUAAUCACCACUCUAAUAACCGAGUUUAAUAGACCUGAUAGUAGCAUCUUUAUAGUUGGUGAUGAUAAGCAAUCUAUUUAUAGUUUUCAAGGUGCUGAUCUUGCGAAUUUUAAUUUAGUGAAUGAGAAAUUAGAAACGAAUCUCGCUAAAGCAAAUAAAAAAUUUAAGAAAAUUACACUUGAAUAUUCUUAUAGAUCAUGGGGUGAAAUUUUACAAUUUACUCAUCAGGUUUUUAAAUAUAUAAAAGCUCAUUACUCUACUCUUUUCCUAUCCGAUAAUCCGGUAAUUUCUGCAUUUCGUACACAUACCGGUUCUGUAACAGUUUGGUCUUUGGUAACAAGCGAAAAGCAGGAGGAACUUUUUUGGGCAUUGCCACAAGAUUAUGCCAAUGCUCUUUCAUCAGCUGAUUUACUUAUAGAAAAAAUUAUUAGCUUCAUAAAGGAAAAAAUAGCCAGCAAAGAAAUUCUACCAGCAACCGGUAAUCCUAUAUCCGAAAAAGAUUUUAUGAUUUUGGUAAGAAAGCGAGAUGAAUUUAGCAAUAAUCUUAUAAAAGAGCUUAACAAAGCUAACCUUAAAGUCAAGGCAAGCGAUAAAGUAAACCUUAAAGAGCAUUUAUCGAUGAUGGAUUUAAUUUCGGUAGCUAAAUUCGUACUUUUACCUUACGACGAUUUAAACCUUGCAGCCUUACUUAAAUCACCGAUUAUCGGUAUUAGCGAGCAACAAUUAUACGAACUUCUAAUGAAUAAAAAUGAUGAAAUCGCGAAUACUCUAAAUUUACAUAUCGAUGAUAUGGUAAAUGAGCUGCUAACACUAAGCAGUAAUUACGCAAAUGAUAUGGAUAAUUCUCUGCAAGGUUUUGUAGCUUGGUUUGAGAAUAACGAUAUUUGGAUUAAGCGUGAUAUGGAGCAUUCCGAUAAAAUAAGAGUGAUGACCGUACACGGUUCUAAAGGCUUGGAAGCACCAAUUGUUAUAUUAUGCGACUCCACCACCCUACCUAUCAGCAGUAGUAAAUUUAUUUGGCAUGAUAAUGGGGAAAUAGACCAUUUGGAGAACGCAGCUAAUAAAGAGGAAUUUAUAGGAAACACGGAACGCAGCACCGCAGCAUAUACUUUAGUACGUGAGGAUGCGAGUACCGGAUGGACGCAUAAAUUACCUUUAGAAGCAAGUUAUACAAGUGGUCGAAUGUUCUUUUCUGCUAACGCUGCUGACACUCCUGAAUUUCUACAAAAAAUGAAAGAUGCAGAAAAGCUAAAAGAUCUACAAGAAUAUAUAAGGCUGCUCUACGUUGCAAUGACUAGGGCUAAAGAUCAUUUAGUUAUAUGUGGUUUUAGUAACAAAUCAAAUAUCCCCGAAAACUUGGAUUUAAUUUGUUCAACUAUAAGUUCAUAUGUAGCAUCAUCAGUAGAAAAUAAAAUAGAUGCGGUAGACAAACUUGGUGAAACACCACAUUGCGAGGAUGGUUAA